AUGAAGCCUCGUAUUAGUAGAAAUUGGUGGAACAUACGUGCCACCACCACAGGAAACCGCUUUAAAUUAACAUUUUCCACCAUGGUCCAUGUGGGGCCGGUGAGGAGGAUGGUCGUGGAGUCUGACACGGGGCGAUCUCGUCCAUGGGCGCACGACCUGAAAACUCCUUCAAUGCCAAGCUGA